AGUAACAAAAUCGGCUCCGCAGCACUGCUGGAAUCUUCCCGAUGCUCGGCUCGUCCAGUCUUGACGCGGCGGCGCGCGCAAACACGAAGACCAAGCCAUGCCCUUCCCUUUCAGCUACGUCUGCGACUUGCUGCAACGCCUUGAUGACAACCGACUCGCCCGCUCCGGGGUGAAAAGCAACACAGCCAUCAUCGAGGAGUGGUUCAGAGGACAUCACGGGCUCCUCUACCGCGACGACCAUUGUAGCGCUCCUCUUCUCUCCGCCCUAUUGCCCGAGAAGAGGACCGAUCGGGUCUACUUCAUCCGGGAAAAGAAGCUUCAAGCUAUCAUUGGCCGUGCCCUGGGCCUCGGCAGGUCUCGCAUCGCCGAGCUGUCAAGGUGGACCACCCCCGAAGCAAGCGCCGACUUGGCGGAUUGUGUCGAGAGCAUUCUCAAGCAGACGCCGAACACCGUAUCACCCGCCCACAGGCCGGUCACAGUGGAGGAGAUUGAUGAGGCCCUCCACAGCAUCGCCGCUGCCUGCCGCUUUAGCUCGCCUUCAGUGCGCAGCUCGGCUGAGAAUCGCCCAGCCGAUAAGGAACUCUCCCUCGGAAGCCUGUACCAGCGACUUUCCGCCCGAGACGCCAAAUGGCUCACUCGGCUGAUCCUGAAGAACUAUGAGCCCGUCGUGCUUGACCCGCGCGUUGUCUGUGCUAGCUACCACCCCCUGCUGCCAGCUAUCUUAAAGGUUCAAGAUGACUUGGCUGUCGCCGGCCGUAUCCUCGACACCCUGAAACGUGACCGAACUGUCACGGGAACGAGCGAGCUCGCAGACUACCUGAAGCCCACCCUGGGAGUCAAGAUAGGUCGCCAGACAUGGCUCAAAGGGCGCAGUAUCAAGCAUUGCCUGUCCCUGGUCCAAGGCAGGGUCAGUUGCGAGGAGAAGGUGGACGGAGAGUAUUGUCAGAUCCACAUCGAUCUCAGCAAAGGAUAUCAUUGUAUCCAGAUCUUUUCAAAGAGCGGCAAAGAUAGCACAAGGGACCGCAUGGCCCUGCAUGAUUCAAUUCGAAAGUCCCUGCAGCUUGGACAACCAUCAUGUCCCUUGAAGCACAGCUGUAUCCUGGAGGGCGAGCUUGUGGUCUACAGUGACAAGGAUCAAAAGAUUCUAGAUUUCCACAAGAUUAGAAAGCACGUCACGAGGUCUGGCUCCUUCUUGGGGACGGACAAAGACUCGCAAGCUCAUCCCUGGGAACAUCUCAUGAUAGUGUACUAUGACCUGCUCAUGGUGGACAAUGAGUCUCUCCUGGCCGUCAAACACUCGGAAAGGUUUAGGCGCCUGGAGCGUCUCAUCACCCCUGUUCCUGGUAGAGCUUCGUUAGUGAAGCGGGAACUCCUCGAUUGCGACAGGCCUUCCGCCGCCUCUGACUUGCGCCGCGCUUUUGCCAAGUGCAUCACAGCGCGCCGUGAAGGCCUUGUCCUCAAAGCUGAUGACCCUUAUUUUGAUUUUGGCACCCUGCGGCGACCCUACAGUGGUUGUCCCAUCAAACUAAAGAAAGAGUACAUCGGCCACUUUGGGGACGUUGGCGACUUUGCCGUCGUCGGGGCGCGGUUCGAUGCUGCGAAGGCGCGCACGUACAACAUCCCCGGGCUCAAAUGGACGCACUUUUACGUAGGCUGCCUGGAGAACAAAGACGAGGUGCAGCGGUUUGGGAAGAAACCUCAUUUUGUCGUCACGAACGUCGUCGAACUGAAUGCGGCACAACUCACAGACUUUGUUUCUUUCGUCAACCCGGAGGCCAUCCGGCCAGAGGAUAACUCGGCGAUCUCUCUACGCAUCGAACCCGGGCUUGAUGGCGGAAAGCGCCCCUCGAUGAUCUUUUCCACGCCCCCGGUCUUCGAUCUCCGCUGUUUCUCUUUUCACAAGGAGGGCAACACUGGUUUCUGGAGCCCAAGGUUUCCAUCCGUCAGCAAGAUUCAUUACGACAGAACCUUCCACGACGCCAUUUCAUUUGCAGAGCUGCAAGAAAUGGCGGCAAAGGAGAAAGAGGCUCCUCCUCCUCCGGAAGACAGCCAGGAGCUAUUGGGCUGGAUUGCUGCUUUGGAAAAUGCCGAGCCGAGGACUUCGACUGACGGUCCAAGCCAGUCGACCACCUUUACGGGCUCAGACUCCGCGACGCAAUCCCCCCGUGCGUCCAGAGUUGUCGAGGAACGGGCGUUCGCCGCUCGUAUCUCGACAGCAGACCAAAGAGCCGAUCCUGCAGGGCAGAUCCGAGUUGCGACAGCGGGUGAGCAGUCGACUCUGCCGACAUCAGCUGUCGCUCAAGGACCUGCGGCGCCAGCCUCCCCUCGAUCUGACAGUCGAAACGGAGUUUCAUUGGGCGCAAAGAGACGCUUCGAGUCGUCGACCCAGCAUGACGAUUCGGACAGGUACAAAAUCCGAAAAUGUUCUAGCCACCAGGGUGCCCCCGGGUCCCCUUCGCGUGACAACGGCCAAGCCGACUCCUCGGCGAGCCAGCGGGAGACUCCCGGGGCCAGCCCGGAGAUCCCGUCACGCGGCGAUGCUGGAGCAGUUUUGCCCGUUCUCGGACCAUCGCGAAGCAGUGGGUCUCCUCCACCCACAAUGAGAUCGUUGGCCGCCCACUCGGUGCAGCAGGCCGAUUCGGGUAGCAGACGUGAUCCCGACCGGUCGCCCCUUCAAGUCUCUCCCUCGUUCCACGAAGCCCAGCCCCAAUUCGUUUCUCCUUCGCUUCCCGCGAGUUCGCUAAAAAGCGGUGCUCCGAAAAGCGGAGGGGUAGGAUGUCGGUCCUCUGAGCAGGCGUUCGAGGGGCCUACCCACAAAAGAAGCAACGAGACCAGUUUGGCCAAAUGCCACUUCCUCGGCGACAUGUGCAAGUUCCGUACAUACUCCAUCCUUCUCUCGCCAUGCAUCGCCAACUUUCCCUGGGUCACAGACGACCUGCUCUCCGGCCACGGCGUGUCUGAGUUCCUGCGUGACCCCAAAGACUGGCUUCGUUCCCAAGACGCAAGCGCCACCCCCGUCGGCACCUCGGCGUCGGCUCCCACUAAAAUUAGCACGCCCAACACUCGCCGCAAGACAAAAAUCGUCCUCGUCGACCGCCGGCGCAGGGAGGCUACCUUGGCGUUCCUGCAGUCCAUCGAAGCGGCCCAACUGAAGCGCCGCAACGGGGAGCGCGAGUACGUGCCCGUCUACGACUGGAGGGUGCUUGAGGCCAUCCGCGACGAGGAGAGAAAGUUGUACAACAACAAGUGGAAGCCUGAACGUCAGUUUGAACUGAACCAUCACACAAGCAUUUGGAGGCGGUUCUGGGUUGGGUUGGCUUAAGAAGGGCGCGAGGGUGUCGAGCAAAUCACCCUAACCCUUGGUGGUCGUGGGUAGCUUUUAACAGUUCUAACCGACGGUUCUAGGCCAAAGGAUUCGGCAAGGAUCGGCUUGGCUCAGGUCCUAACGCGUGGGGGAUGGGUCGG